AUGCGUAUGAUUAAACAUGCUGCUUUCUGUGACAUUUCCCGCAUACCAAUCAAUAGAAUAUCUCUUUGUUCAGAUUUGAAAGAUUUAAUAUUGUAUCGAAACAACGGAAGACCCAGUAUCCCCAUUGGAAUAUUCACUGUGAAAAUCUUCAAACUAGGUACGGGAAGAACAAACAGCCUUCCAAACGACCUACAAGUUCAGGAAAUGGCUCAGAUGACCUUACUUUGGACAAAACGAGAGAGUACAUGGAUUUUACGUAACUCAAAUUUUCACAGAAUAAGAAACACUUCGGUGGUCCAUGCUCGACCUUGGAGGAUUGUCAGCCUGUGUUCACAUAGUAGGUACCUCGAAGAUUUUAUGCGUUUCAUUCAAGAAUCUCGAGAAGAUUACAUAAGGAUUGGUUUUAUGCUUUUGCAUUACGCAUUAUGUGCACUGCUUAUGGCCAUGAACGACUGCCUUUUUGCGUAG